AUGAAUAAUAGAAGUUUAAGGCAAUUGGCUGCACCAGAGGUUAACUAUCAGCCUUUUUGCAUUCAUUAUCUUGAUCUUGAUACUGGUUUUAAACUUAAGUCUGGUCUUAUCCAUUUGCUUCCCAAGUUUCAUUGUCUUGCAGGUGAGGAUCCGUAUAAGCAUUUGAAGGAGUUUCAUGUAGUUUACAGCGCAAUGAAAUCGCAUGGAGUUGAUGAGGAGCAGAUUUCGAAGCAAUUGUUGAUUGUCUACUUCUAUGAGGGAUUGCUACAUAUGGACAGGAACCUGAUUGAUGCUGCCAGUAGAGGAGUUCUUGUUGAUAAAAUACCUGAUGAAGCUAAGGCGUUGAUCUCAAACAUGGCUGCAAAUGCUCAACAGUUUGGAACGAGAGCCAAUAGUAGUGCUGUGUACCAGAUGCAAGCGACUCUGACCCAGCCUUCAGCAGUGGCAUCAAGUACUGGCAAUCAGAGAAUUGAAAAUAGACUUGAUGAACUAGCAAUCAUGGUGAGACAGUUGGUAGUUACCCAGACAGUCCAGACUUCUGCUCCACAGUCCGGCAAUCCAUGUGGCAUAUGCGAUGACCCAUUUCACCCCACUGAUGCUUACCCUUCUUUGCAAGAGGGCCCCAUUCCUGCAGACCAGUCAGUCUCUGCAGUUUUUCCUGAGAAACCACAGUUCCAGCAGCAGAAUAAUCCAUUCUCCAACACAUACAAUCAUGACUGGAAGAAUCAUCCCAACCUUAGAUGGAACCAGAAUCAGCAAUAUGUUCUAUAUCAGCAGAACCAACAGUUCAACCCACAGCAGAGACAGAACUUCCAGCAAGCUGCUCCCCAACAGAUCAGCUCCUUUCCAUCACAGACAGUUCCAAAUCCAAAGGGAACCGGCAAUGUUAGUGCCAUUUCUUUCCGGUCUGGCAAGCAACUGGAAGAGCCAAACCAAGCUGCUGCUGAGUCAUCCAAGGGAGGUGACACUAGUUCCAAGAAGCAGAGCACUGAUACAUCUGAUAUCCAUAUCCCUCUGCCAUUCCCUCAUAGAGCCACUCAGUCCAAGAAGCAAUCAACAAAGAUUCCGAGAUAUGCCAAGUUUUUAAAGGAGCUGUGCACCAACAAGAGGAGACUGAAAGGAGAUGAGCGAGUUAGCCUAAGUCAGAAUGUAUCAGCACUCAUCCAGCCUAUGCCUAAAAAGGGUCAAGAUACAGGGACAUUUAUUAUUCCUUGUGUGAUUGGCAAUUCUGUUUUUCAUGAUUGCAUGCUAGACUUAGGAGCUUCCUUUAAUGUUAUGCCUGAAUCUGUGUAUAAGUCUCUUGGUCUUGGUCCUUUGCGUGCUACUAGUAUUGUGGUUACAUUAGCUAAUAGGAGUAGUGUUCGUCCUUCUGGAGUAGUUGAGAUAUAUUAG